GAUGGCUAGUCAUAUAACGUUUACACGUGUUCUUAACAUUCAAACAAACAAACGAUUAACGUGCAACAGCUUAAGCUAUAGCAUUAAUUCCCAUGAACAAUCCCUUAAUCUGCUAUUUUUUAUUUCAUCAGAUCUCAAAUCUCAAACUAUCAUCUUCUUUUUCCAAGAAAAAAAGAAAAACCUAUUAAAUGGUCUCCUCGUUAAUCCUUAGUCCUCUUCUUUCAUUUUAAUUACAUUAGUAUUGUAACAGAGCAUUUUUGCAUGGGAAAUGUCAUGGCUUCUUCAAAAGCAUCAUAUACACAGAUUCUUGUAGCGUCUUCCAUUGGAUUAAUUCUUGCUGCUGCUGUGCAUUAUCGCCUAAAGAAAAUUCGUGACCAAAAAAUUGUUCCUCGAACUAAAGUUACCAAUACUGGCCAGAUCCUUAGGUUUGAGAGUUUUUCUCAUUAUGUAGCUAGACAAAUGGGAUUUGCUGACAAGAGGGAAUGUCCACAUUUAUGCAAAUUAGCAGCUGAGUACAUAAGGAAAUCAGAAGGAUGUGAAGAAGAUAUAUACAACUUCUUUUCUAAUGAACCAGAUGCUGAUUCUCUCUUCAUAAAGUUAGUUGAAGAAUUUGAGAGAUGCAUCCUUAGUUACUUUGCAUUUCAUUGGACCCAUGCUUCUCAUAUGAUCAGCCAGAUUUUGAGUGCUGACCAUGCAGAGCCAAAAAAGAAGCUAAAAAACAUUGUCAUGGCUGCCACUAGGGAACAAAGAUUUGAAAGGGUAACGAAGAAUCUGAAGGUUGCAAGAGUAUUUACAACAUUAGUUGAAGAGAUGAAAGCAAUAGGGCUUGUUUCAGCAGAUGAUUCACAAUGCACUGAUGUGAUGGUUCCAAUGGCUCACAAAGAUAGAAGCCCAGUCCUCCUCUUUAUGGGUGGUGGAAUGGGAGCUGGCAAAAGCACUGUGCUCAAGGACAUCCUCAAGGAACCAUUUUGGGCAGGAGCCGCAGCUAAUGCAGUUGUAAUAGAAGCAGACGCUUUCAAAGAAUCAGAUGUCAUUUACAAAGCCCUUAGCUCCAGGGGACAUCACAAUGACAUGCUUCAAACUGCUGAAUUGGUACAUCAGUCAUCAACAGAUGCAGCAUCAUCCCUGCUUGUAACAGCGCUUAAUGAAGGGAGGGAUGUGAUAAUGGAUGGUACACUCUCUUGGAUACCCUUUGUGGUUCAAACUAUUACCAUGGCCAGAAAUGUUCACCGACGCCGUUACCGCAUGGGUGUUGGCUACAAAGUGGAGGACGAUGGAACUGUAACUGAGAGCUACUGGGAACAGUUGAAUGAAGAACAAGAGGCCACAGAUGGGAAUAGAAGGAGAAGACCCUAUAGAAUAGAAUUGGUUGGAGUUGUUUGUGAUGCUUAUUUAGCUGUCAUCAGAGGAAUAAGGAGAGCUAUCAUGUGCAGAAGAGCAGUAAGGGUCAAUUCACAGCUGAAAUCACACAAGAGAUUUGCCAGUGCAUUCCAUACAUACUGUCAGCUAGUAGACAAUGCAAGAUUAUACUCCACUAAUGCAUUGGAAGGCCCUCCUAAGAUGAUAGGGUGGAAGGAGAAAGAAAGGACACUACUAGUUGAUCCUGAUGAGAUAAAUGUACUGCAAAUAGUUGGAAGGUUGAAUGAUGGAGCAAACUCCAUUUAUGAACUUUACAAGAACCCUCAUCCAGCUUUUCAGGCAGGCUCUGUUUGGAAAGAUAUUGUCUUGUCACCUUCUAGGCUCAACAUUCAGAAAGAACUCAAGUAUUCCAUUCAGAAAGUUGAAAGGACUCGGCUACCUGAGUUAAUUUCUAGUAGUUCUGAUAAAAUCGUAGAUUAGUGUUUUAAUUGUCACAACUUAUUUUGGCACACUUAAUUAUGUGUGCAAAAAAAUUAAAACUAGAUUGAUAAAACAUUCUUCUUUCUGUAUACGAUGAUUGACCGGGCUGCCAUUUUUUUACUGUAUAAGAUAGUUUCAGUGGUAGGUUUCUUAAUUGGGUUACUGACUUGUUAUAUCUUAAAUUAUUGCUAAACUGACUGUGAGGAAUGGUUUGGGUUUUGAAAUGAGAGAUGUUCCUCUAAA